UAUUGUGUGUGUUUUUUUUUUUUUUUUAAAUCCUUCUAUUUUCUGGUCAAACCAUCGAGGCUGUGUAGGAGAGAGCGUCCUUUCAUAUCUCUCUUUCUCUCACUCAUUCCAUCCCUGUCCUCCGUUUGUGUGUUUUGCUUUGUGUUAUUCUGUCUUGACACAUAGCUGUUGAUAUUGUUCUGGUCUCUAUAAGAAGCUCUUUGUAUGUACACAUCUUUGCGUGCUGAUUUGCUCUUUGUUGACAUGAAAAGCUGCCUGUCUCUCGUUAUUAUCCAUUAGACUUCUCCUUUCCUCUCAUCCCCUCUCUCUCCCUCUCCCUGUAUAAGUGGACUUACUCUCUUCUCUGAGUCUGACUCAAUAUAGGUGCAUCUGUGCCUCUUGGCAUUCCUCUCACUGAAAGAGUAACAGUCCAUUUGCAAUAUACUAUUUUUGGUGCCUGGAAUUUGUGUACUUUUUAUUUUUAAGUUUUGAAAUUGUCGUAAAUUUUUUGGGAUUUUGGAUUUCCCGAAGGAUUUUUAAAAUCACCAUUGGAUAUAUCUUUUUCUGUCCCUGUUUUUUUCUUUUGUGGAUUUUAGAGCCUUUCGCUAACAGUACUGGAAAAAUCACUCUUUUGUUUUUCCCCUGCUAAGCGUCUCAGCCCUGAGCUUCAACGUGAGACCCCCCGUCAGAUCGUAUUCCUCGCCUUGCUAAUGAGCGCAUGGCUGCUCACUAAUCAGGGAUAUUGUCUGAGCAAACCAUUGUGUCCUGAGUUCUGUACAGGGCUGCACGGAACCCUCAGAGAAACCACCCCCAAUUCUUGAGGUCUUCUUCCAGGCUGAAUAUCUUUGAAGAGAAACCGUAAAUUCAGCUACAUAAGCACUUUUAAUUUUUCUCAUUGCGUUUUUUUCUUUUCACUGUUGUUCUUUGAGCUGCUUAGGAGAUGAGAACUCAUGUGAAGCUGUUUGCAAUAAUGCCCACCAGUAAAGCACAGUGACUGGGAAGGUUCUGAUAAAGGCAUAAAAGGCAUAAAACUGGCAUAAAAGGUUGGGAGCCAUGGAGGCAGUUCCUGGCUACUCCCCGUCUUUCUGGGUGAGGGUGUGUCAUGCCCUACCUCGGCUGGACUUCAACCUGCAAACCCAGGACAACGUCUUCAGCCCCGACAGCUGGGAGUACCAGCAGACCUUGCUGGUUCUGUCGAGCCUGUCAGCCAUUGCCUUGCUUCUGUCCCUCCUGGUUGUUCUCUGCUUCCUGAUUCACUACUGCUGCUGUCACCGUGCCGACGGGGGCUCUGGCUCUGAGGAGGACGAGGAUGAGGACACCAGUGGGGGACGCGGAUAUGGUGGCGGGAAGCAGGCGGGCAUCUGCUGUGUCACCUGGGUCUCGGUGACAGCUGUCACUCUCUGCUGCGUUGCCAUUGGCAUUGGUUUCUAUGGCAACAGUGAAGCCAACGAUGGGAUGUAUCAACUGACCUCUUCGCUUCUCACAGCCAAUUAUACACUGGGCUCUAUAAAUCUGCUGGUGUCGGACACGAUCGCGGGGCUACAGCUCUCUGUUUCCGGACCCCUGACCACGCUGGAGGAACUUUUCAGCACCAGCAUGCCGUUCCUGGUGUCCACUCGCACCUGUAGACGCCUGUCGGAGACGGUGGUGACCGCCCUCUCCUCCCUGACGCUAGGCCCGCCCCCCAAGAUUCCCCCACUGAGAAGCAGAGGGAUUAAUGGCAGCAGCAUGCUCACCCCUCUCCCUCCCACCCUCAUGCCCCCCUCUCUUGCCCCCCCUCCCACUAUCCCCGCCUCUCCUGUGUCUGGGCCUUUCUCUCCUGGCUGGGCAGCCAACACACUGAUGGUGAAUGAGGACUACAGGUGGCUGUCUUACGUGCUGCUGCUGCUGCUGGACCUGGUGGUGUGCCUCUUCAUCCUACUGGGACUGGCAAAGCAGGCACGGUGGCUCCUGGUCCUGAUGACUGUGCUCGCAUGGCUGGCCCUCUUCCUUAGCUGGGGCUCCUUGGGGCUGGAAACUGCUACUGUGGUGGGUCUAAGUGACUUUUGCUCUGAUCCCAACACCUUUGUAGUCAACUCCUCUCAUUUUAAUUCGGGAACCAGCGCAGAAAUACUGGAUUACUACCUGACGUGCAGCAAACAGAUGAGCAGUCCUUUCCAGCAGUUGCUGACCCAGUCCCAGAGGGCGCUGUCCAGCAUUCACACACACCUCUCCAGCCUGGAACGAGAGGCCCUCUCACAGUUCCCUAAAGCAGAGAGGCCACUUAGGGAGGUCCAGCUGAUCCUCAAUGCGACGGAGAGUAACUUCCACCAGCUCGUCGCUCUGCUGAACUGUCGAGGUCUUAACAAGGAUUACACGGACUCUCUGAAAGGCCUGUGUUUUGAUGGCAUAGAAGGGCUGCUCUGUCUCUCGCUCUACUCCUUCCUCUCAGCGCUGGCAUUUACCGCCAUCCUCUGCUCUUUGCCUGGGGCCUGGAGGAACUUCCCCAGUGAUUUGGAAGAGUAUGAAGACUCCGACAGUGAGAAUGAGGACCCCUUCACUUCCCAUCAGGCACGUAGACAGACGGCCAUGGGUCCCCAGCGUGGGGCUCUACCCACCUUCUAUAGUUACCAGGGGGCCAGCUGGAUUCCCCCGUUUUCUAGCGCACCGCCCCUCCCGACUCCAAACGCUUCCUGCAAUGGCAGCCCUGGCUAUGAGGCCAUGCCCCUGGUGGCCAGGCGGCCCUCACCUCCCUCCUAUUCUCUCCCAGCAUGUUAACUGGCUACAGGGACAGUGAAUCAAAGCCAAGUCCUGCCCACUCAAGAAAUUCGCAUUUACACUAAUUAUUAUAUGUGUAUAAGUAUAGCAAAUGUUCAGUUUCAUAAAAAUGGAAACAUUACUGAUACAAAGAAGCUAAUCUCCAUACAUAAAGUUAGUAACAUUAUUACCGUUGAUUUGAGUUUUAAAUGAAUGGACCCCUUGAUUGGUAAGCCCCAUCCCUUUUUUCCAGUAAAUAUCAGGGAUUUAAUAAGAGAACUGAGUCCGGGAACCAUGAGCCAGUCAGUCUUUGUGAACUGUUUCAAGGUGGUGGUGGUGGUGGUGGUGGUGGUUUUAUCCGAUCACAAAUGUGUUUUUAUAUUGCAUUAGAAAUUACACAUUUUCAGUGUUACCGGUUUGCAGUUUCCUUACUUUUUGGAUCUCUUUUCCCCUGGAAGAUCAUGCUAAAUAACAUGCAGAUUCUUAACCUUGACCUUAUUAUUGUAAUAAUAACGUGUGUGGGUGCUGCUCCCAAUAACUUUGGGCUGAAGCAGACAGAAGGAUCAAACGGGGCCGCAGUGCAGCUCCAGUGAGUAACAGAUGAGGAUUUCUGCUUCCUGACACAUGGUGUCAAUAGCAAUAAUGCAAACAGAAGAGAGUGGUACAGUGUCUGUGUUUGUAGGAGCUCUCCUCCUGACGGUCUGUAUAUAUAGCAUGCUGGAGAUUGUACCCGAUUCCCUUUAUCAGCCUUGUCGAUCCUUAAACUGAGUUUGUAUGGUAUUAAUGCUCCUUUUGAAUGGCACUGUUUUUCAUUACAGAUUCUACUACAGAUAAAUUAAUAAUAAAAUCUUGUCUUGGCAAGUAUGCAGAA